AUGGCUAUGCGUACUAGAGCUGAGAAAAGAAUGAGGAAAUUCCUCAUCGAGCAAUUAAAGACUCGUAAACAGCACGGUGCUAGAAUAGCACAGGGCAAGAAAAGCGAACAUGAAUUGAUCAAGAAUAAUUUGGGUCCGCAAGUAUUUUUAUUUAGAAACCUUUUCAGUGGACAAGUGUUGUACUCUCAAGUUCCAGCAUACCAUGAAAACCAAAUCAACCAACAAUUUUUGAGCCCAAACUGGCAAAACCGAAAACCUUCAAGAAGACAAGAUUUGUGGAAGAUAAUGUGUGUGGUUAAUUUUGAUAACUACGAAUAUGCCAUUGCUGCAUACAAGGGCUUGGUUGAUUUGAGAAAAACUAGAGAUGUUGUUCAAAAGAAAGAGGCCAAUGAAAUGAGAAAGAAGAAUGACGAGGGGAACAUUUGGUACAGUGGUCAAUUUAGGCCAACAUACACACAAGAGGCUGUUGCUGAUUUAACACACGUUAUUGAUGAAUUCGAGUUGGAGGGUACUAAAAUAUUUUGGGCCAACGAAUGGCAUAGAGGAGAGGACAAACACUGGAGAGCAGAUUUAGUUGAACAUGAUAAACUACCAGUGUAUGACCCUAGACAUCAAACCGUUUUGUUGGAUAUAAUGAGAGAAAAAGCCGUAGAAGCAUUUAGAGAAAAUAAUACCAGUGAGAAAACCAUAGAUCACGCAGCUGAGCCAGAGACUGCUUGA